AUGUUGAUUAAAAGAACAUCUGGUUGUCCCAGAAAGUUAAUAUGUUCGCAUCGAUGUGGUUUUCGGUUUAAGCGAACUCGAAGCAAGAAAAAGGUAGGCUAAAAGAUUGUAAACUCCUAUGCCAGGACGUAUCAGCUAGUGUGCAUUCUAGACAUAUUUUAAAGUUCCUUUCCCACAGCAAAAGGUUUUACGUCACAUAAAUUGAUAACUAGACGAAGGUCUUUGUUUUGGGGCUAUAUGUGCUCAAAUUUCUACACUGAAACACAUCGAUCACUUUUAGAUGUACUUGAAAAUUAAGCAAAAUAACAGUUCAGACGACUUCUUUCCUCAGUUUUUCCCCUUAUGUUAUUUUUCUUUGGCGUUCUCGCUUUCAUUUCCUUUUAAAAAUUAGCCCAUGUGGCCAAUUUUGUGCCUAAAGCUUACUCUACAUGAUUCGCAGUCAUGGGAGAUCUGGGUACAGUUAACUCUUGAAGGAUCUCUUGUAAAUGUCUGUCUGCCCAUAUAAAGAACAGAAAAACAAUCAGAAAAAAAUGAACAAUAUUGCAAAGGGCUAAUACCUGCUAUACUAGCACAUCUGACUAGUUGCUACACAACUACUCACCCAAGGGGGGUACUCUGGAUUUUAGGUGACGGGGAUGAUCCAUGGAUUUUUGCAGGGUAGGAAAAUUUCUCAAGUACAUUUUUGGGUUGCUUGAUUUAAGUAGGGUUACUUUAGGGAAAUUUUGGCAAGUACAGUCUAACCUGUCCUUACUAACAUCUCUAAUAUGGACACCUCUCUAUUACGGACAGUUCGUUUGGUCCCAGAAAUGCCAAAAAUCAUGCAUUCCCUACCUCUAUAAUAUGGACACCUCUGUAAUGAUAACUGGCUCUGUCCCUUUGGUAUGCGUAUUAAAGAGGUUUGAAUGUAUUUUGUUUGGGUGGCUUGAUUUAACUAAGGAUUUGGGGGGGGGCAUUCAAAGCAAUCUGAAGAUUUGUGUAAGUGACUGCGAAGUUUUGUGAAUAAGUUACAACCAAACUUGUUUUGUGGCUUUUUUAGGGCUCAGAAAUUCAGCAUGGGAUUUUUGGGGGGGUUACCUUUUGGACCAGAGAUUUUUUUGGGUUUUCAUUUUUGCCCCCAUUUGAUCAUACCAGUCACUUAAAAUCCACAGUACCCCUUCUGGGCGCUCACUCACUUCACAAAGUAUUUAUGAAAUUGUAGCUAAUGGAGCUAGGACAGAUCCUUUGGCCAUUCAGGGCUGUACAAAAGGUUGUUUGUUUUUCAGUCUAGCAUGAAACAUUUUUUCUAUCUGUUUCAGAGUAAUCCAAGUCAGGAUGUUCAAGAUAUAGAUAUUACUGAAAGUGAAAUUUAUUGUCCUUUUAUAAAUCACACAAAGACUGUAAAUCACGAUGUCCUUUCUUCUCUCUCAAUCUCUCCACUUUCAAUCCAUCUUGGCAGCAAAAAUGUGAAGGAUGGUGGCAGAAUAUAUCUUGACAAAUUUUGCAGUGUAACAUCAAUUCUCAGUCAAACCAAGCCUCCAAGUGAAUUUUUCGCUUUGAAGAACUGGGCAAAAAGUCAAGUGUCUGAGUUGGGCAAAGAAAAGUUUAAGGAAAAGAAGAAAAGUAUUUCCAGAAGAGGAACUUUAUUUCAUCAUGUAAGUACUGCACAAUAUUUGGCUGGAGAAAACAGCCAAUAUUUUGCGAUGCUACCAUCGGUCUCCCGGCGAAAUGAGGUCUGAGAAAUUAGCACAGAAAUUCCAUUCUGAUGAUACAUCACUACCCAGACCUGGGUAGUGUGUCUGAUUGGUUGAAGCAAAUUUUCAGCCAGUCAGAAGCACCACCCAGAUCUGGGUGGUGAUACAUCAUGGUAUGGAAUUUCUGUAUUCUUUGCCCAGAUGCCAUUUCACCUGUCAGAGAAACCGGUGGUAGUGUGCCAAAAUGCCAGUUCUUUUCUCAGGCUACACAAUAUUUUAUUUGCCCAAUUUAUCUCAAACUACUAUACACUAAUCACUUUAGGAUACAUUCCCCUUGGUUUUUCUUGGUACAGUAAAAACCCACAAUUUUUUUAGGUCAGGGUGAACAGGUUCUUAUUUUUUAGGGUAGUUUUUGACAAUUCAGGCUGAUUAGGCUCUUAGGUAAAAUUUUGAAUUGUCUGUAUUGCAGGGUAGCUUUAUGGAAAACAUACUUUCAGUGAAAAUCCAAACAAAUGUAAAUUAAAGAAAACAUAUAUACACGAUAACCUUUUGUCAAAAGCUUCUCACAAAAUUAAAAUCGAGAAUCUUGACAAUCAAAAUUGGAGUGAUUUUUAUGUAUAAGAACCUAGUUUUCUUUGCCAGGCUGAACAGGUUCUUAUAUUUUUGGGUAUUUAAAUGCAAAAUUUUAGCCUGUAGGUUCUUAAAUCACUAGCUUCUUUAUAUGUGGGUUUUUACUGUAUUAUCUAUGGUUUAUAUCAUUGUUAACACAUUCAGAGCCCCAGUUUGGGAUUGAAAAGUAAGUACAAUGAGUUGUUUUCUUUUUGGUGUUUAACACUUAUCAUACUUUGUUCUUGGAAAUAAAUGUCCUUAAUAUACCUACUCAAUAAUAUUUUCACAGCUUUGCUUUCACAUUUUGAAAUUGCAGCUGUAGUACUUAUGGUUUUGGGGUUAUUAAAAAUAUAGACUAACUGUAUUUGCAUGGUUAGACUGUCAGGGCUUCUGAUAUUUUGCGCAAUUGUGGAGCUGCGAAAUUCAGGUAGUCUGCGAAAUCCCACAAAAUUUACAAAAACACGCAAAAUACCAUGAAAUGCGCUAGAAAUCUUAUCAAAUACACGUCUGUACAACAUAUUUGAAACUUAUCUCAGCUAUUUGGGCUGUUUACGUGCUGUAAACGAUCAUGAAACUUCGUCACUGAAAUGAGCAAACAAUGUUCCAAAACUACCAGGCAUAGAUUAUGUUGCAAAAAGCUUGGCACUAGCCAUGAAGUUAAAAGCUUUGCAAAUGGCUCAUUUCUGGACCAUAAUUAUUGUUGUUGAAAUAGCAAAUGAUGAUCUCUGUUAAGAAAACAUUGAAAAUGCUGGUCUGAUCAGUGCAAAACCGAAAAAUUUGCGAAAUUUGCCCGAAAAUUCCCACAAAAUUGGUCGUUUUUUACUGAUUGUUUUUUGGCGAAGUUUGCCACAAAAAUUCCCAUGAAAUCAGUCAAUUUUUCCUCGAAUUUGUCCCUGAGAAUCCCUCAAAACUUGGCUUUUUUGGUGACCUAUCAGAAGCCCUGAUUAGAAUGUAAAGAAACUUUGGUUUUAUUGAUACGGCACAUAACAUAAAAUUUGAAAUUUCCUAAACUUGACUUACCAAAAUAUAGAAAUUACACAGACCUACCCAAGGGCUAAGGCAAGUGGCAAGAAUCAGAAUGGGAUUUGUAGGCCCCAUGUGGGGUGCUACCCCCACCCAAUCCACAAAAAUUAUUACAUAUUGAUAGCAACGUAGCCUGCAAAGCAGGCAUAUUUUGCAGGGUUUGUCACCAAGAUUUCAAGUUGCCUGGUAAAUACAACAAGAAGGCGGGGAAUCAAACACCUAGGGAUUUCUUUUGGGUCUAUUUUCUUCUAUUUCCCAAUGAAAGUAGCCAGGGGCCACAUUCAUAGUAGCUGGGGAAAAUCCCCGGCCCUCGGCUCCUAAUGACAGCCCUGUUUUGCAUUGCGAGUGAUGAUGCAUCUUGGACGUUGAAACUAACAGAAAGUUGGGGCGAGUCAAAGUCUGAUUUCAAGGAAGAGGUUGACGGGUUUAAAAUAGAGGAGGGGGUGGGACAGGGGAGCCUCUCUUUUGUAUUUAAGAUGGUGGCCACAAUAUUACAACCUCUGAGUUUCUGUCAAAAAAAUGCCUGCUCUUGCAGGCUAAUAGUGAGGUUAAAUCACCAUGAGAAAAUGUUGAUUGUCAUUUCCUCUAAUAACUGAUGCUCUAAUGUGGACAUUGUUUAUUGGCAGGAUGUCCAGCAAUUCUUCAAACACAAGGAAACACCAAUCAUAGUGGAAGGGGAGGCUAAUGCAGGAUAUUGGAAGAGUAUUAGUCAUGUUCUACCAGACAUCUCAAAUGUUGUUGCCAUUGAGAGUGGCGUAGUACAUCCAUUGUUAGGAUAUGCAGGAACACUGGACCUUAUUGCAGAAUAUAAGGGUACACUCAGUGUAAUAGACUGGAAGACUUCUGUGAAGCACAAAACAAACCUCAAAGACUGCUACUCUUAUCCUCAACAAGUGGCAGCUUAUGCUGGUGCAGUGAAUUAUGACAGUAAUUACCCCUUUCAGGUACUUUUUCCAACUUGAUGCUAAAUACCGUUAUUUUCUUCAAGGUGAACCCCUUCAUAUCUGGAACCAAUAGGCCACUUGCACUAAAAGGUCACAUGACCAAUGCUUCCUUUAAACAAGGAGUUGGAAUUUUCAUGCUGCUAAAAAUUGACAGAGCACAUAAGAAUUAUCUUACACCUGAAAUUUGAGAGGAAACACAUUUAAGGGAGAUAUUUUAUGACGCUUUGAUUUUUCAACGAAGUAGUAUGAUUUGUAUUGGCCGCCAUGUUGGAGGGCAUACUCUUGCCCUCCAACAUGGCGGCCAAAACUACUUUUUGCUUAUAUCUUGUUAAACGUUUGAUAGUUAUGCUGAGAUGUUCUGUAAACAUUACCACAUCAUCUUUCAACAUUUUCCUUGAAGUUUAAGUGCAAAAUUUGUGUUCAGAAAGAGGUAAUUCUUAAUUUUGAAAAUCACAUUUUGGUCACAGGACCAGCAAUGACCUUACUCAUUUUAAGAAAAUGGUGCAGGUUUGAAAACCAAAUCACUUUUAUUUUGUUCAAGAUAUGACCUACUAAUUGUUUUUCGAAGCAAAAUCUUUCAUUGCAAAUGGCCUAUUGAUCACUUUAGAAAUAAGAACGGGACUGGUGCAGAAAUGUGUCUUGCCAUUGUUUCUUUGACCAUUACUGGGGAUGCCCUGGUUAGCCAUUGGCCAAUUUUUUCCUUGUCCCUACUACAGCCCCAGAAGUCUUUGUGAAAGUUAACUGGGGUCCAGUUUCCUUCUAAUUUAUCAAGUGUCAAAUAUUACUUUGGGUUCCAAUCCCACUCUGACUCAGGGUUUAUUCCAGCAAUUCAACAAGGAAACAGGGUUUGUAUGGGUCAUGGAAAACCUGAAAAAUCAUGGAAUUUAAGAAUUUCAUUUCCAGGCCUGUUGGCCCUUGAAAGUCAUGGAAAAUUAAAAUUUUGUUUGGUACUUAAGUUACUGCAGAUGAUAAUGCAAGGACAAUGUAAGAUAGAGAGAAGUGAUUGAAUAGUGCUAAUGGCACACUUUUAGGGACUGUGCAAUAACUAUCAGGAGGGGGGGCUGAAAAACUAGAGUUAUCUAGCAAAAACGUAGACAGUACUCCCCCUCCAAAACAAAAAAAAAUUAGUUGUAACCCCCCUCUGUUAUGUUAAAAAUAACGUCGCACCCCCCUCCCACCACCCACCCACCCCCACACACACACCCACCCCUCACCGCCACCAUUACCAUAGAUGCCUUUAAGUAAAUACCUUUUAUAUUGUCAUGCUACUGUAAGCAUACGCUUACUUGUUGGAUGUCGUCAUCUGGAACAAAUAGUACCUCAAAUGAAUGUUCAACAAAGCCAUCCAUUUCGGAGUCAUCUGAAUCCAAAUCAGAGUUGUUUUCGGAAGUACUUGUGUGACAAAGCAUUUGCUAAGUACCAGGGUGCUUACCACAUUGGCUCAAAAUCUAAAACUUCUGAAGCCAGAAAGGGAAAGGAGCAGAGAAAAAAAUCAAAGAACAGGAAGUUGAACGCUUCAAGUAACAGACGAAAAAAAUCUUGCAUUAUAUUUAGAUCCUUGGGAGUUGUGAAUUUGCUUUUCAUUUUGAUGGAAUAUUUUCAAUAGUUGUUUAACAGCUGUUCGUAUUGAUAUUUGUUACAGUCUAUCAUGAUGCCUGUAUUGAGAAUCUUUUAUUGCGUUUAAUUUUAUUUACAUUUCGAAUAAAACUUAAGGCCCCCCCUCCGUCAAAUGAGUGAUUUUACUUUGAGCCCCCCUAUCUUGGCAGCAAUUUUAUGUAAUGCCCCCCCCCUCUCUAGUUUUUCAGCCCCCCUCCUGAUAAUUAUUGCACAGUCCCUUAGGUGGACACCAGAGUUGGUGUCUGUUGAACUGCUUAAGGUCAAAAACACCCUAAAACACAAAAGCUUUAAAAAUUUGUAAAAAGUUGAGAGCUAAUGUGGAAAAAGUCAUGGAAAGUCCUGGAAUUUGAAGAGCUUAAAACAGUACGAACCCUGUGAAAGGCACAUGGGCCCCCUCGUGAAACUGUAGAAUGCCGUCUCUAAAGAAAAACCAUUACAGUAGCCUGCAUAGCAGGCGUCCUCCCUCCCUUUCCCCUCUUUGUGCCUGCCACAUAGGCUACCAUUACAGUGGAACCUCGAUAUAACAAGGGCCAAGGGACUGGCAAAAUUAGUUUGCUAUAAUAACAAGGUUUCAUUAUAACGAGGUUCUUUUUGAUAUAUUUUACUAUUACAGGGCUGAAGAAAAGCAUUUGUUAUGUAGAGGUUCGUUAUAUUGAGUUUCCACUGUAAUUUACCACCGAUAGACAAAUAAUAUAGCACAUCCUCAGUAUUUUAUGACACAAAGGCUUCUAGGGCUGAACAAAUAUCUGACACAAAUAACUGAAGUAAAUAUUGCAAGGCUGAGAAUCCCAACUGGCAGGAGGAAACCCAAUUGGCUAUUUAGAAGCAAAGUCAGGGGAUUAAACUCUAGAGGAGCUACCAAAAACAAUCCCCGAGCUUGAGGUCAACGUAGGAUAUGAACUAAAAAAAGUCCCUCUCGCAUUUUGUGAGUGAAAAAAAAAAGAGUUAUGCUCACAAAUUUAAUAAUUAAAGGAGACUUAUCUGUAAGGUGAACUUUGGUUGAAAUUCUAUGAGUCCUUGGCCUGGAAGUAGAAAUAUACUAGACUGCUAGCCUGCAGUGCAGGCGUUUUCUUCAGGCGCGCGAAUGUUUUGCUUGCGAAAGCGCAUGUUGAAACUUUCCCGCCCCCUCCCCCUCCCCUCUUUCCUUCUUUCGCCCUAGCAUCUAUCCUUAGGGUUACUAUUUUUACUCUCCCUAAUCUUCCUCCAUCAUAACAAAGAAGGCGGUUACAACAGUACCAACAUAAACAAGCAGCUUUCGCACGCCCAUAAUACGCCUGCACUGCAGGCUAUACUAGAGCAUGAAGUAAUUCUUUAAGAGAAUAAAAGCUUUUGUGAAUUGUUUACUUUGUAAAUACUGGAUGUAUUUAUCUCCUGUGUUGAAUUUUAACAGGUGUGUGAAGGAGUGAUAGUUAUUGCGUACGAAAAUGGUGACCCAGUUCAUGUUCAUCAUCUGACACAGGAAAUCUGUGAAGCUUACUGGUUAGAAUGGUUGAUGCGGCUUCAACAAUACAAAAACAAAUUUCCUGAACAUUUUAUCCAUGAAGCUGUUUCAAAAGUAAAUGAAGCAGAGCAGGAAUUAAGACAUGUUCCAACCGUAGGAUCCGUAGCUACCUCUCUGGGUGCAAAAUCUUUAAAGAGCAUUGGGGUGCCUGUGGAAAGCCUUGGUACGGUUGUGAAAGAUGAGGAUGUGAUCGAAGAAGAAAAAGAACUUUCUUCCAAAGAGACGUUUGAUGAUAGUUUGAGUUCACGAAUAGUAGAUACCUGGAAACAGAUCUGGAAGAAUGUUUUUGACCGCAUACGUUCCAGGAGAAAAGAUUCAUGA